AUGUAGAAGACAAACUUUAAGAACCUCAAAGACCUACUUUAAAAUAAGUACUCCUACUAAGAUGCUAAAUAAAAUUCGCGUACUUCUUCCAUAGCUGAAGUCUUAUAGAAUCUCAAGAAAAAUAAGGAUUAGACACCAGUUUCUAUUAUGAAAGAAGAGAUCAUCAAUUUUACUAAAGCUAUAGGUUUUGGCAUUUAGGCUCCACCCUCUAAAUCAAAAUCCAAAGAAAAAUAAGCAUUGCCUAAGAGCAUUGACAAAAAACCGAUAUUAAAUAAUCUAGCCCCAUAAUCAAAGGGUAAUAGUCGAAACAAUAGUUCUUAGAGUAGAAAUACUUCUGCGCAUUCCAUCAUAAAUGAAAACACAAAUCGAUCAAUUGCCAAAGACCCAAAAAUACCAAAAGGAUUUUAAACCGGAAGAUUAAGAGAAAGGCAAGAAAUGAAUUCAAUCUUCGAAUAAUAAAAAAUAAAAAUACUUAAUUAAUCACAAGAUCAAUAAAAAUAAAAUCUCAACAACAGUAAUGUAAGUAAAUAAGGAACCAUAGAUCUCGUUAACCUAUUAAAGCAAUAGUAAAAUCAAAAAUAAUAAUCAUUAACAAAUGAAGUAAUAAAUGAGAGUAAAACAUUUGGUGAAGAAUUCUGUGGAUUAAAUAAAGGACAUUUCAUAUAUAAUUAUGUGAUUGGAAAAGGAGGUUUUGGAAAAGUUUGGAAAGUAGAAUUGAAGAAAAACAGAUAAAUGUUUGCUAUGAAAGAAAUGAUGAAAUCUAAAAUUAUUGCCAAAAGGAGUAUCAACUCUGUUAUGAAUGAAAAGGAAUUAUUAUCAUAAUUGAGACAUCCAUUCUUAGUCAAUAUGUGUUAUGCUUUCUAAGAUAGAGACAAUCUCUAUUUGAUUAUGGAUUUGUUAACAGGAGGAGAUUUAAGAUACCAUAUUGGUAAAAUGAAGAGAUUUAAGGAACAUUAAACAAAAUUCUUUAUUGCUUGCAUAGUAAGUGGACUAGAGUAUCUUCAUAACAAUAACAUUAUUCAUAGAGAUAUUAAACCAGAAAAUAUCGUACUUGAUAAGCGAGGUUAUGCUAGAAUUACAGAUCUAGGUAUUGCAAGAAAGGUUAGACCAGAUAAUUCAUAAGACACUAGUGGUACUCCUGGUUAUAUGGCACCUGAGGUUAUGUGUAGAUAAAAUCAUGGAAUUGCAGUUGAUUAUUUCGCUUUAGGAGUUAUCGCCUAUGAAUUUAUGAUUGGAAAAAGACCAUACAAUGGAAAGUCAAGGAAGGAGAUUAGAGAUUAGAUUCUUGCUAAAUAGGCGUCUAUCAAAAAAGAAGAUCUACCAAAUGGUUGGUCUAUUGAAGCUAUGGAUUUUGUAAAUAAAUUAUUACAAAGAAAACCUUAAAAUAGAUUAGGAUUUAAUGGUCCUUCCGAUGUCAAGAAUCAUCCUUGGCUAAAAGGUGUUCCUUGGGAAAAACUGUAUAAUAAGACAAUUGAAGCACCUUAUGUUCCUAUUAAUGUAGAGGACAUGUAUAGAUAACAAAUAUCUGAUGGAGAGGAAUCUUAAGAUGAAUUAAUUAAGGAAAACUAAUAAUUAUUAAGAAAAAAUAGUGUUUAAAAUCUAUUUGCUGGUUAUGGAUAUGAUUGCAAUUAAGACCCUACUUAUAAGGGAACUAGGAGUACUGCAUCAACGCAUAAUACAAGUCAACAGAAUGAGACAAUCAAAUUUUGA